AUGGCCGUGAAAGACUACUGCGAUUUGAAUUCGGUUAGCUUGAAAGACACCAGGAGAGAUAACUACUUCCAUACGACUUUGGGCAUACAACUUAACGUUUCAAACUGCUUCUCGGGAAUUUGUGUCAAAAUCGAGUCCGUUACACGGUUAGGCUUUCCUACCUAUACUAGAGUGGAAGAGAAUUUGUAG